AAAAUAAUGCGACUGUAUAAAGAGAAUCCAAUAAAUUAAUCGAUCCCUAUUGAGAAAUCUUUGGAGCAUUAGCAACGGAAGCACAUCCACGCACAUCGUUCAAGUCACAUCGCCAGACGACACAGACCAUAUCGGUAUUGCAUUGAAUUUUCAAACGGAGAGGAGAAGAAAAAAAUUUUCCUCAACGGCGCGAAAGAGCAGGGGCAAAUAUUAUCGAGAAUUUCUUCGUUAUGUCAUUUUAAAAGGGGGCGAUACAAAUCUCUCGUUGCCGGAGCAUAAUUCUGCAGUUUCUUGGCUCGGUUAAUCCAGCAACGACGUUCGACUCUCCGUCGCUUUUUCCAAUUCGCGGUUCAUCAGCUAUUUACAAGACUCAGUUUUAUUGUGUUUAAUGGAACUUUGGAAAAUGAGGACACUUGUGGACAUUGAGUGCAACAGUGAAAACAAUGAGAAUGUCGAACGGUGGUUUCCAUGAGUGAUUCUUCAACGCCUCCACAAUAGAAUAGUACUUUCGUUAAUAAAUCGUUCGGGGCGACAUGUCUUCUGGAUGGGAAACCCGAACAGCAGCGUCGGCCAACCCGAGGCUACGAUCGCCCUCAAACGAGGCUGAAUCAGCGACACCAGAAGCGGGAUCAAAAUGUGAAUCAUGGGCAAAAUCUCGGCAAAAUUUGUUGCCAAAAAAUCAGGCGCAAGUUCGCGUUUUCAACCUCGAUCGCAAUAGAUCUCUUGUGCCCGGAAAGAAAUACUCGUCCCCCAAUGAUACCGACAGCCCUGCCGAGAACCAAGAGGACGACGGACACCGGAUAUUCAAGAGAAAGCACAGAAGAUGCUGGAGCACCAGUCGAACUACCCUUCAUCAGGACAGCGGAUCCGAGAGUGCACCCCUCUUAUCUUCGGCGUCUCACACGAGCGCGGGGUCUGUCAUGUUUCCUAAUUCCGAGACUAGUGAUCUCGAUGACAUUCCGGCCGGCGAUUCCUCCAGGUACGGAAGUAUCGGAGCUGCAAGUUUGAAUUCCGUAGUAUCGGUAUUGCCGAGGAAAUUGCCACCGCUCGUACAAGAGAAUCCCGUGCCGAUUCCAGAUCCAGGAAAUACGACGCCGGGUCUUCACUUUUUGCAGAAUCAAUGUUAUGAGAUCCGAGACAUGGAAAUGCUGUUGUCCAGCGAAAAGUACGAUGGGAAUGAAACUUUCCGUGCCACCAGAGACAUCCGCAGGGGAUGCGAUAGAAUUCGUUUGCCAAGCAUCCUCGACAUUGACACGAGUUUACAACUCGAUCCUAAACCGAAACAAAGUUCCCUCGUUACCAUAUUUUCGAUAUGGAACACGAUAUUAGGGUCCUCCCUGUUAACGAUGCCCUGGGGAUUCCUGAUGGCUGGUCUCAUUCCAGGAUUUUUUAUGCUGCUCGUGAUGAGUGGUCUUUGCCUUUAUACUGCUUACCGCCUGUUGAGAAUACACAAAUAUCAUGGGGGUGACGAGAGAAUUGAAGUUCCUGAAUUAUGCAGAAUAUAUCUCGGCCCGUUCGCCGAUUACGUGGCUCGUGCUUUCAGCAUCAGUGUUCUUCUCGGUGCCAACAUUGCUUACUGGAUCUUAAUGUCAAAUGUUCUUUACAAUUCGAUCAAUUUUUUUUAUGAUCAAAUUGCUGGUUUCUCGGAUCAACAAGUGAUCGAUAACGCAACAAGGGUUCCCGAAGUCCUUUGUCCGAAGCAAGAAGUAUUCAAUCACAGUAAUGAUGCGAAACCGACUGACCGAACUUACGACAAUCUCGGACCUGCGUGGGAUCUUUACAAGACCGUGCCGUUUUUUCUCGCCAUUCCGAUAUUUCCUCUUCUGAACUUUAACACGACGACGUUCUUUACGAAAUUCAAUUCACUCGGAACGAUUGCUGUCAUGUAUCUCGUCGCUUUCGUAAUCACGAAAUCGUCCAGUUGGGGUAUUAAUAUGUCGACCGCAGCUUGGGAUAACAGCUGGAGACUUCAGUCAACAUUUCCUGCUCUUACUGGCAUGCUGACCAUGUCCUUUUUCAUUCACAAUAUCAUCAUCACGAUAAUGCAGCAUAAUCGUGAUCAGGGCAAUAAUGCAAGAGAUUUGUCGAUAGCCUACAUUCUUGUUACACUCACUUACUUCACCGUUGGGCCAAUUUUUUUCAUCAGUUUUCCCUUGGCAAAGUAUUGCAUUCAAGAUAAUUUUUUGAACAAUUUUCAAAAAUGGGACCCACUCACGGUUGGAGCGCGGGUGGUUCUACUAUUUCAAUUGUUGACAGUGUUUCCGUUGAUAAAUUACAUGCUUAGAAUUCGUCUUCUCUCUGUGAUAUCGUCUUUCGUAAAUUCAACAAGAUGCAACGUCAUAAUCGUCAAUCUGUUCGUCGUUACUAUUUGUAUAGUAUUCGCUAGAUAUAUGCCGCAUAUAGGAACUGUAAUAAGAUAUACGGGUGCGAUAAGCGGUAUGAUAUACAUUUUUACCUUGCCGAGUAUAUUGCAUCUUGCGAUACUUUGCAAAAAAGGUGAAGCGACCAUUCAAUCAGUAAUACUCCAUCUGUGCAUACCCGUUAUCGGUGCUGCUAAUUUUGUUGGUCAAUUAUUUGUUAGUUUCAACUAAAAAUCGAAAAUAUCAAAGACUCGUCAUCAGGAUAUAUCGCUUCGACACAAUCACAUGAAUGUCAUUACAAAAUGAGAUUUCAUUCGUCGUCAUUUGUAGUUUCAAAACAAUUAUAGUUCAAUAAAUAUGUAUGAAUAAGUAGAAAAA